AUGGACUCUAACGUUGUUGUUGUGUCGCCUCGUGACUACAACAAGGUUUCCGAACCCGAACUGGUCCAUGAGUCGCAACGCUUUUGCCUGGAUGGACACCCCAACGAUAGUAGUAGUAGUGAGAGGACCAGCAGCACGAACCCUUCCGAGAGGCAGCUGAAGUCGGGCUUAAACGGCUUGAGUGACCGAUCAAGGACCGAGACAGCGACGACGGCCGACAGUCCCAUUGGUACCAGCUCUUCCGUGUCCACACAAAUGGCAAGCCCUUUGGCGGCCCUCCACAAGCAUCCUGUGCCUCAUUCUUUCUUCACGGACUCUACGCAGACGAACGACUUGACCAACUCCAACGUCUCGCUUCAAGACAUGUACGAGGACGCUGCUGACUCUCAGCAACGCUCCAAUAUUAUGUUUGGCGACCAUUCGGGUCAACCACUAUUACAACGACAACAACAACAGCCUCUUGCCACAAUGACCCGACUCAGAGGGCCUGUUGUGGACGAGUCGACAAGGAUAGCCAAGCCGUUAAAAAUUGGAGACUCCACACUGGGAACUCCUCCUACUAGCUUGCAUCCUCAACCAACAAAUGCGCCACCUGCUGUAACGUUACCACCGGCAGCCGAUCAAAUUGGCACCAUUGAUGAAUCAGAAGCCUCCGACAAUCACUUGGGAUUGAGCAUCUCUCCGGCGUUUCCCAUGGAGGGGAGUGCACCUUCCAAAUCCUCCCUUCCUCGACCCAUGCUGUAUAGCGCCAUUGGGUCUCUCGAAACUUGUAGUGCUCAUAGCCUCAAAAGCAUGUGGAACAACAAACAACAACCACCACCCAAUGGAUUUUCCAGAUUUGAUGCAAAUAAUCUGAUUGCUCCCCAACAGCAAUCCAGAAAUAAUAUCCUGCAGGGGGGUUUGCUGGGAGGGAACUCGUUGUUGCAGCAGCAUCAGGAGAAAAAGUCGCCGAUUCGAGACCCCGUAGUGGAAACUUCCACACCGGCCAAAUUUGGAGAUUCUUCUCCUCAGAACAAGACUUCUACUCCAGCUGGCCAUUGGACACCCCCCACAAUCGUUCCGUUGACGGCCGACCACCAAAAAGCUUUUGCAGACAGCUUUCGCUUGAUACGGGAUAAAGUGGACGCCGCACAACAACGACGCAGGCCCAAGAGAAUGGCAGCCCCGCAACCUCCCCCGUCCAAUGUGGAAACGUCCUUGGCAGCAGAAACCAAAAAAGACCCCACCAAAGCAACGACCCAUCUUCCCUCCAGCCUGCGCCAUGGUCCAUCCAAGGAUCGUUGUGAUUCCAAGAAGAAGAACAAAAAGUCUGUCAAGAUUGAUGAUGCCAGUCUCCAGCGCAAGAAACGCAGCGGCCCGAAAAAACAGGUGGAAAUGUUCCGUCCUUCCUGUGACGCCUACACACCCCGAAUGGAACGAAAGAAAAUCACGUACAAACCGGCAGAGAAGCGAGAACCGGUGCAGAAAAUGGCCACGACCAUGGGAACUCUGUCAAGGCCCAACUUUCGUGAUGCACUGAGACGGGUUGCCAUGUUGAUGCGGCAACACAUUGUCAAGAUUGAACAACGUUUCAACAGUCGACCCGUCGGUCGAGGCGAUGAGGAAGGGUUGUUCAAAAUGUCCAUGAAAGAAGCCUUUUCGGAGGAAAAGUUUGCCACUUGCCGCUACAAGUGCACUGUGGUUCGUGUUCCCAUGGCUCGACCAGGAAUGGUGUUUGGCUUGAAGAAGAUUCGCCCCAAGUAUGAGAUUCCCACCGAAGAAGAAAUAUACGAGUUUGCGCACCAGCUCUUCAAAACUGUGCAGUUGUCCUCGGAAUGCUCCAUCGUUUGUCUCAUUUACGUAGAGCGAUUGAUGGAGACUGCCAAGGUACCGCUGCUGGCAAGCACAUGGAGGCCGAUAUUCAUGUGUGGUCUGCUGUUGGCGUCCAAAGUGUGGCAAGACUUGAGUUCGUGGAAUAUUGAGUUUGCCAGCGUGUAUCCCCAAUUCUCGUUGGAUGCCAUCAACAAGCUCGAGCUGGAGUUCUUGCGGAGGCUCAAGUGGGAUCUCUAUGUAUCCAGCAGCCUUUACGCGAAAUACUACUUUGCCCUUCGAUCGUUGGUAGAGAAGCCCGACUUUCGACAAAGGUAUAAUCGCAUGGUCGGUGGAGUGGACAGCGUUGCAGCAUCUGAGGCACUCAAGAUCCAAAAGAGGACGGAGCAGGUCAAGGAGGAGGCGCUUCUUCAGCUGAGUAGGAGCAUGUAG